AUUGGACGAUAGAGGAAAGACUCCCAGUCCUAGGAGAAUAGAAUAUUCAACGUACUUAAUUUUUUCUGCGCACCAAGCAUUUGAUUCCGGGAGAUUGGAACUUUUUCUGUAGGGCGAGAAACGCCACAUAUUCACAUAUCCAUCACCCAUAUCCCCCGCUGCUCCACCAGUCACCGUCCCAAUUCUUCCCCUACUUCACCACUAAAUCGACUUCUGUUACCAACCACCACCUCCAGCGCCGCCGAAUCAUAAUGGAAGUAGAAGUAAAGCUCCGUUUACCAGACUCAAACGCCCACCAACGCCUCUCCACUGUCCUUUCACCUUUCCACGUCAAAACCCACGUCCAAGAAAACAUUUUCUUUGACGGGCCUAACUCUGAGCUGGCCACCAACCUCGCCGCGCUCCGCCUUCGCUUCUACGACCUCGACUCCCAAUGCGUCCUUUCUCUCAAAGCAAAGCCAGUGAUGUCCAAUGGAAUCAGCCGCAUUCAGGAAGAUGAAGAGCCCCUCGACCCUGUCAUAGGCCGAGCUAGCGUGGCGGAGCCGUGGCGGCUGUUACUCAUGGCCGAUCAUUCUUCCGAAAUAAUGAAGAGAGUGAGAGAAGAAUAUGGAGUUGUUGGAGAUGAUAACAAGUGUUUGGUAUGUUUGGGAGGAUUUAGAAAUGUGAGAGCAGUGUAUGAAUGGAGUGGAUUAAAAUUGGAGCUUGAUGAAACAAAUUAUGAUUUUGGGACGUGUUAUGAGAUUGAAUGCGAGACUUCUGAACCUGAAAGAGCUAAGAAUUUGCUUGAGGAGCUGCUAAGGAGUAACGGGAUUGAGUAUUCUUAUUCAAAGGCUAACAAGUUCGCCAUUUUUCGGGCUGGAAAGUUGCCUCAGUGAGUGCCUAAAUUGUAACUAUGUAUUCUUCCAUUUUGAUAUAAGCCACUCUUCCGAUACUAUUAGUGUAGCUAAUGAUUAAUACUAAGCUUUAAAUUCUUUUUCUUUUUUUUUUUCGAUGACCAAAGUUUGAAGCUUUGGAUUAUUGCGGUUCUAGAGUAUAUUAAGGUUUAAAAAGCUCUGGAUUAGUUGCUAUAUCAGUUGAGCAAAUGGUAUCUCUCACUGAACAGUUUGGUCAAGUUAAACUUGCAUGCAUUUACUCAUAAUUCUUCCCUCUGGUUUAGUUAGCUGGGGCCGGAAGCAGCUCUCUGAUCUUAUACAGUUUG